AUGCCGGGAAACGAGAGCGAGAUUGUAGACGAUUCGUCUGAUGUCGCGUCUGAGAAUGAGUAUGAUGCGAGAGAGGAGCAUGAUGAGGGAGGGCCGGGGGGCGCGGCGCAUGAUGGGCAGAAUGGCAGUAGUGAGGGGAGGGAAACCAAGAAGCCGAAAUUGGAUCCCAAAGAUCCACUGAGGCCGAGGAGGAAGAAGGCGAGGAGGGCAUGUUUUGCAUGUCAGAGAGCGCAUCUUACUUGUGGCGACGAGAGACCGUGUCAACGCUGUAUCAAACGCAAUCUCGCAGAUGCGUGCCAAGACGGCGUCAGGAAGAAGGCAAAAUACCUUCACGAUGCUCCUCCAGAGGCACUACGACCAGUGCUUGGGGCUAACUACAACGCCGGGCGCAAUGGACGAACACCGAGCCAGGCGCCAACUACCGCGGCGUCCGACUCUUCCCCCGGAGUCGGCGGAUUCUUCCCGCAGGUCAGCACAUCGCCGACGUACACUAUGCCAUUCCAGCAGAUCCGGCACCCUCAAAUGGCGCCUCCGAUGCCAGACACGAUGCCGUUCAUGACGAACCCAUCGCCUCUAUCCCCCAGCUUCGCAGGAAACCAGCAGCUGCGGGGUCUAGGCAACUCCAUGACCCCCGCCAAGAUCGAGAUGCAAGAAACGAACCCCUUCGCAAACGCGCUCUUCGACCCAAGCAACCCCGCACUCUUCAACUUCGACCUCGACUCCCUCAACUUCGGCAACCACUACGGCGCCAUGGAAUUUAGCAUGCUCAACCACAUGUCCUCCGGCGCCGCCGAGACCCCGCCACAAGACCAACCGGGCUCCUCCCACGGCGGCUCCUUCGACGCGGGAAACAUGUACAACAACGCCACCGUGCAGUAUAACCAGCUCUACCCCCAGCAGUGCGACGCCAUGCUCUCCGACUACGGCAGCCUCACGCGCCAGGACUCGAGCGGGAACGUCUACAACCUCCCGCCAUCGCACCACCUCCCGCGCGCCUUUGCCAUCGAAACCGGGCCCAUGAGCAACGCGAGUCCCAGCACAGACGCCAACGCGUCGCCGCAACAAUCCUCUCUAAUCUUCGACACGAGUCCCAAAACCUCGUUCACGAAAUCCGCGGCGCCGCGGACUGCUAAGCGUACAAACCAAGGGGACGCGCCACAGAAGCCUGUCCCGAAAUUCCAGAGCAUUAUGGCGCCGACGAAACGCGGGCGGGACCCCUCAUCCAUCUACUCCUCCGUCACAGAGCCGUACUCCUACACCACCGGCUUCCACGCCCUCACGGCCUUCAUCCAGCGCCGCUUCUCCGCCAACGCGACCCUGCGCAUCGCCAAGUCGCUCGGUUCCAUCCGCCCGAGUUUCAUCAGCUGCACCAAGACGCUGAACCGCGAGGAUCUCAUCUUCAUGGAGAAGUGCUUCCAGCGCACGCUCUUCGAGUACGAGGAUUUCAUGCGCGAUUGCUCGACGCCUACGCUCGUGUGUCGGCGUAGUGGAGAGGUGGCGGCGGCGAAUAAGGAGUUUAGUCUGCUCACGGGGUGGGGGAAGAAUGUCCUGAUGGGGAGGGAGAAGAACGAGAAUGUCAACCGCGGACGCGCGGGGGAUGCGAGCGCGGGUAGUUCGCAGGGCGGGCGCAGCGGGAUGGCGACGCCGAGGAUGACGAGGCCGGCGGCGAUGGAUGUGCAGCCGGGUAGGCCGUCGUAUGUGUUACUCGCCGAGCUGAUGGAUGAUGAUUCCGUAGUUGAGUUCUACGAGGAUUUCGCGCGGCUAGCGUUUGGAGACUCGAGGGGGAGCGUGAGGAGGAAGUGUAAGCUGUUGAAGUAUCAGACGAAGGGAGGGGGGGGGGCGGUGGGAGGUGGGGAGGGGCCGAGGGAGGAGAGGCCGUUGGGGGAGAGGGUUAGUAGGAUUGAUGGGGAGUGGGGGAUUGGGCGGCUGGAGAAGAAUGGGAAGCUGGAUUGCAGUUAUUGUUGGACGGUUAAGAGGGAUGUGUUUGAUAUCCCUAUGUUGAUCGUCAUGAACUUCCUCCCAUGCAUCUAAUCCGCCUCACAACAACCAUCACCCCCACGCCAACCCACCCCCCGAUCUAUCGGCGCCUCACUCUCCGCGGCCCAGCCCGCUCAGAAAACGGGAAUCUGCAUAGUCACACCUGACGACGACACCGGCCAUCAGCAUAUAAAAGCUGCACAGAUGCAGCAGCACAGCGCCGCGUCCAAGCAUAUAUCAGCGCGCAGCGUGUGGGGGUAUGGGGUAGGGCCGUGACACAAUGACAUGGCGGCACGCGACCGGCCUCGGCGCCGUGGAACGGGUGCGCGAGUAUGUGGCCUCGCGAAGGGGGCCGUAGCGUUCGCAAAUUCGCGAUAUAUAGAGGUGCGACUGCCGUUCUCACGGCCCAGCAUUGCGCCGCGUUUUGCAUUGUCUUUCAUUGGGU